AUGGUAGUAUCAAUCGCAACUUUUCUUGCCUUUGCCGCAUUUUUCAUCAUCGUAUAUUAUGGAAUCGAAUUUCUUAAACGAUUUAUUGAGAGAAAAUUUAAAAUCCAUAUUGGAUCAAUAGGUUUCUUAUCAAUCGACAACCUAUCUUAUUAUGAUGGGAAGAUUUCUGGUCCACACCAAACUCAACAUUCAUUUUAUAUUUCUUUAAAUAAAAUUCAUUUACAAAUUAAAAGACCAAAUGUGAAUCGUAAAACAUGGUUUACGAUUAUAAUUGAAGAUGCUUAUUUUAAAUUUUCUUCAAUAAAAAUAUUCUUACAAGACAUAGAACAAAGAGGAUUACAAGUAAGGAAGCCCAUUUUAAUUGCUGCUUUACUUCAAAAAGCUUGGUGGUUAUUCGCUUGGGUUGGUAAAUAUUUUUUGGGAAAAUUAUCAACGAUUCUAUUACAAUUUUUCUUGUCAAAAGUAGCAAAUUACGUUGAUAUAAAUGUUGGUAAUGUCAAUAUUUUAAUUGAAGAUUUGGGACAAUUUCAAAUUGAAGGAUGUACAUUUGGAAUGAGUUUUUUUGCAGAGUUUGAUAAAAAAUCUCAACAUAUUAGUAGUAGUAAUAAUUUACAAGAACAAUAUUCAUUACGAAAUCAUCACAAAUUCUUAAUUGUUUCUAUCUCAUUCUCAUCAUUAUCAAUUCGUAAAAUUGAAACAGAUAAGAAUCCGUGGAAUAUAUCUCCAACUAUUUUUCUUAUUCAUACAACCGAAAUAUUUUUAUCUUGUUAUCUUUCUCCCGACUGCACAUCGCUUAUAUCUUUUGAUAUUAACAUUUACCUAAAUCGAAUAUAUAUUAGUGUAGAUUCCAUAAUUGGUUUAAUCAAAGUCAUUCAAUCAAAGAUUCCUCCACCAUUAGAUGAUUCACCACAAUCAAUAAUAAGUUUCAUGAUUGAUAAUUUAUUGGAUUCUUCAUUAGACAAAAAAAUGAGUAUGAAUCUUAAGGUGAACCUUAUUGACAUUAAAUAUGAAUUUUCAGGAUUGGAUAAUCAAAGAUCUCCUUUAACCGCUCGAUCGUCAAUUGAAGAAUUUUCUGUUUCACUGAAACAAAAUAAUAUCAUCCAUUUACUAAAUAAUCAACAGAGAUCAACUGAAGAAAUCAUCCCCAUAAAAUCGAUCGAAUUUUCCGUUGAUCAUAUUCAUGGGAAUCUUGUAGAUCAUCAUCAUAAUACUUCCCGAAUUAAAGUGGAACAAGUUGAAAGUAAUAUAUUGAUUUUAUUAAUAUUUCAACCACUCAACUCAACUGCAGAUGUUGAUCCAAUUUCAUUAUCAUUAAACGGGACUUUCAACGUUUUAUCCCCCGAAAUAUCCUUGAAUUGUAAACAAUUUGAUGCUAUUAGAAGCAUCAUACUUGGUCUUGAAGAAAAAAGUUCAUCACCAAAUAUUACGGAAUCAAGGUCCGCAUUGAUUUAUAAUUUAGUCUUAAACUUUAAAUCUCGUAAUAUGAAAUUAUAUAUUUUCGAUUAUAAUUUAACCCUGAAUCGUUCUUUAGAAUUUAAUUUAACAUUUUCUGCUUUAGGUCUUCUGAUUUCAAUCAAUGAUAAAAAUGAUUCUAGAGCUUGUACUAUAUCUGUAAUAUCAGAAAAUUUUCAAGUGGACAUUAGUUGGAUAAUUAAUCAACCACUUUUCCUUCAAAUUCUCCGGCAUUACAAACAAAUUCGUCUACAAUUAUCAAAAAUUUCCACGAAAUUUGUCCUUCGCGAUGCACUUUUACGUCUGGUGGAUCAAUAUAUUGAAUUCUUCCAGUCAAUGGCAUUUGAUCAUUUGGAAUAA